AAGUCAUCCUUCGGGGACCCAGCGCAGCCAGGAGAAUCGCGGGAGCGUUUCUCACCCUCCGUUAUGUCCCAAGACAUUCACUUUGAGGGGUUGAGCCUCCAACCUGGAGUUCGAGUGAAAGUAAAAGGAUUCAUACGGGCUGCUGCUAAGCUAUUUAGAAUUAACCUGGGCAAGGACAACCUUAACAUUGGCCUGCACUUCAACCCACGCUUUGACUUUUUCGGUGAUCACAAUGUCAUUGUCUGCAACUCAUUGAAGAACGGCAACUGGGGUCCAGAGCAAAGGGAAUACAAGUUUCCCUUUGAGGAUAUGCGAACGGUGGAGGUAAACUUUGUCUUUGAAGAGAAGCAGUUUAGAGUGACACUGCCUGAUGGCUUCGAGUUCACUUUCCCCAAUCGCCUUGAAUUAGAAACAAUAGACUUCCUGUCGGUUCAUGGUGACUUCUAUGUCAGAAGGGUGGACUUCGAAUGAGUGCUCCAGUCAAGCCAACUUUAGACCAUUCUUGCCUCUUGGGGCCCUGUCUUUACUAAUAAAAGUCCUGAUGAUGA